AUGUCCGACGAAAGCGAGAAUAAAGCGAAGAAUUACAAUUUCAUAGUGUAUAAGGGAACGAUCGAAUAUAAUUUCGAGAACAGUUCUAGUACUGAUCUCAAAUCAGCUUCUCAGCAUAGCCACCUGGUCGGUGGCACACGCUUCUCGAAGAUGGAAGCCAUCGUUGAACGUCCUUGGGCUGCCGCCGCCCCUGAAUGGAGAAAAGCAACCCAUGGUCUAAACCUUGAAGGGUGCUGCCAAAACCACUCUUGCAAAGCCUACAACAAAGGUAGGGUUAUUGACAAGUGGGGAUACCGUCGAGACGGAAAUGUCGAAGAUGGAACUUUCGACUUUUUCAGAGAUGAGCAUCUCUGUAAGUGUCCAAUGUGUGAUAACCACUUCGUGCCUGAAAUCUGCGGCUUUUCCAACACUUGGUGGAAAUUCAAAGGUUGCUUCAAAAAAAAAGUUGGCGCUUCCUCAGAUAAGGCUGAUUCCUUCUGGAAAUACGCUAGCGACGACGUUUACACCACUUUUAAGGAUAAUGCCGAAGAUUUUGCCCAAUGGGGAAAGCUCAAGAUUAUGGUGUCUCGAAAAGAGCCUGACAAAACACAUGAGAAGAAAGUUAAUACGAUGUUUGCGGAUCUGUGCAAUAUUAAGCUGCAAGCUUUACGUAAAAUCAUCAAAACCGUUUGA